AUGCAAGCCGGCAAAGGAGCGAUGGCUUCCGCAAAGGAGACGGCGGCGAACAUUGCCGCCUCCGCCCAGUCGGGCAUGGAGAAGACCAAGGCCACUGUCCAGGGGAAGGUGACCCCACGGCCGUUUCUCUCACCUCAUUUCACCUCUCUCUCCCUCAUCUCUUUCUCUCUCUACUGUUGCAGGCGGAGAAGAUGACCGCCCACGGGCCGGCGGAGAAGGAGAUGGCGGAGGAGCGGAAGCAGCAGAUGAUCGAGCAGGCGGAGCUCAACAAGCAGCAGGCCCGGGAGCAGCACGCCGCCGAGAAGGAGAGAGCCCGCGUCGGCGGCGUUCCCGCCGGCGAGGUGGUGGGGUCGAACCCCAUCGGGACUGCCACCGGCACCGGCCGGACCACGGCGGCGCACAACCCCCUCACCGGUGGAACCCAGCCAGCCGGCCGGCACACUGGCGGCGGGUACACCUAA